AUAACUUUAAUCAUGGAUAUAUAACAUAAUUUUUCGUCGAAGGAGGCUCGGAUGAACUCCUUAGUCCAAGGGUAGCUCUGCCCCUGUUUGCCACGUGGUCAAUUCAUUUAAUUUUAUAUUUUAUUUAUUUGUUGUUUAAACAAGUGGGGAGUGGGGUAGGGGAAAGGGAGCAUCAAGGAUGUGAUAUCGAUAGUUUAUUCUAAUACAAGCAUUGGUGAUUGUUCUCACAUAUUCAAAACUCGUAAUAUAUAGGUAACACGAAGGUAACUUUGUCAUUGCUCCAAGACUUUUCUUCUCUAAUUUUAACAUAAUGACAUUAUUUUAUGGCCACAAAGAUGUUUAUUUUAGAUCACAAUUCUCAAAAAUAGUUUUUACAUUAACACAAAUUUUAUUAAGAAAAAAAAUAAUAACAAUAAUUAGAACCAAAUUGAGUUUGUAGCAAAAGUUUGAGGGUCAAUUUAUAAUUGCAUAAAAUAUACUUUCACUCAAAAUAUGACUGCUUAUAUAAGCUAUAUCUUUCUUUUUUUUUAGCCCAAAUUAUUUACUCUAUACUUUUUUAGCUCAAAUUCUCUUUAUAAAUCUGUACAAAUCAAUAUUUGCUAAACCCCACAAAUAAUUUAUGUUCAAAUAUAUAUAUAUAAAUGAAACUCAAUCCAGACCACAGUAAUCAUUGCCUACCAACUGUUUGAUAAAUUGUCUCAAUGAAAUUUGAAGCCUGGACAUUGAUUUUCUUAUGCUGUUUAGACUACAUAGGCGAAUCCAAGAUUUGAAAUUUAUGAGUUACUACGACUACCUAAUAAAAAUGAUAGAACACUCGCCGAUAAGGUGAAAGUUCAGAUCGUCAAUCAACUGAAUUACUAAGAUUCUCCGGUCUUCAAUCAAGAUUUGAAAUUUAUGAGUUCCUACGACAAUCUAAUAAGAAUAGGGGAGGGGAAUACAAGGCGGUGAUAGAACGCUCGCCAAUAAGGUAAAAGUUCAGGUAGCUAAUCAACUGAACUACUAAGAUUCUCCGGUCUUCAAUGUCGUUCGUGUUCUUGAGAAGAAAACUCAUCAACUUGUCUUGCUUACUCAAUUCACAAUGUCCUUUAAGAGUAUGUUCAUAUUCCUCAAGAACCACAAGAGCUUGUCAAGAAAAUGAAUUUUUCGUCGAGGAUAGUAAACCACGGUGUCUUGGAGUUUUUCAUCUUUCGCCAUUGUAUACGGAUAACAAGGAUUCGUUGAAGGAUUGCAGGAUUGAACUAGUGGAUAAUGAGACGUGGAGCGUGUCCUCUGGCUUAGCUGAGGCGUGGAGAGGUAAAACAAAUGUUGCAUCGAAGGGAAGUCCUUCAUUUAGUCAAGUGGACGAGAUUGAUGAUGGGGCGAACUGUUAUGAUGACGAUGAUCCUGAUUUUGACGAUAUUGAGGAUAUGAGGAUACGCGGGAACUUGUUUUACAAGCUUGAUAAAGAUUCAAAGGAAUAUGAAGAAUAUAAGUUCGACUUCCAUAGAAGGAAUAAGAACCAGGAUAAUGGAAAUGACUGCCCUAAAGAGAAGGAAAAAGCAAGUAAUGUUUCCGCUUCUGAGGUCGAGAAAAUUCUAAAGGGUGUGGAUGAGAAGAAACAACGCAAGAAGGAGAAAUCAAGCUAUCAAUCUGAAUUUUCAGUGGACAGAUCGGUGUUAGCUGAUACGGCUGAACUUCAGGAUUUUCAGCUAAAGAGGUCAAGGGUUCCGACUUUUAAUCAGCUUACUGCCCCUUAUCAUGAGCCCUUUUGUUUGGAUAUUUUUGUUUCAAAAGGUUCGGUAAGUGCUAGCAUCAUCCAUAGAGCAACUAGCAAGGUUGUUGCUGUGGCACAUUCUAUCUCCAAGGACAUGAAAUUUGACUUGGGAUCGACGAAGAAUAGAGCUACUUGUUCUGCUGUAGGGAAAGUUCUGGCUCAAAGAGCCUUGGCUGAUGAUAUUCAUAAUGUAGUUUAUACGCCAAGGACGGGGGAGAAAUUGGAGGGGAAACUUGAGAUUGUUCUUCAGUCCGUCAUUAACAAUGGAAUCAAUGUGAAGGUGAAGAUUAAGCAGAGGAAAAUCAAGAAACAUGGCUUCCACCGCCCAACAUCUUAGGCGGUGAUCCUACAUUACUAUUCAACAAGGCAAGUAUUGUUGCGCGUAAUCGUGAUGGGUUUCAUUGAAACUUGAUUUAGGAAAGUGAAUUGGGUCUUUUGCUUUAUAAAGUUGCUUAAUCGGCAAACUGACAAGGAGUGGAAUCAUGCAAAGAUUCAAGAGUCCGGUACUAGUAUUUUGACAAAUGCAGACGAAAUCAAAACUGACAAGAUUUUUCAACGCCUUUCAAGCUCACAAACGGAGCAGUGUAGUAAGUGGAACAAGGUUAGAAUUGCAUUACCCUUUUUGCAAGGCUGCAGUUGAUCACUGGAGAAGUUUCAUUAGUAGUUACAAACUUGGGAAUAAAUCUUUUACUUCCUGCAAUUUGUGUUCUUUUCGUGAUCAAACAUUGCGUUUACUGUAGAAAUCUGGUUUACAUGUUCGCUUUACUUGUAAUUAGUAUGAUAAAACGAUCAAAAUUUGGCAAUUUCUAAAUAGAUUGUCUGAGACCUUAGCACACCUUUAAUCUAUGUAGGAUCAACAACAGUUCUAUUGAUCCAUUUAUUUGUGCAAAUGCCUUAUGCUGAUAUGAAUAGUAUAUUUUUGUU